AUGUCUAACUAUCAAGAAAUUGUAAACUUAAAUAUUGGCGGAGCAAGAUUCGCAACAUCAUGGCAUACAUUAACAUGGGUUCCGGAUACAUUUUUCACUGCUCUCCUAAGUGGUCGAAUACCUACAGUUCGGGAUGAAACAGGAGCAAUAUUUAUAGACAGAGACCCUAAAUUAUUUGGAUUAAUUUUAAAUUUUCUAAGGACUAGAGAUAUAGACCUUAACAAUGUUAAUAUAAGAGCGUUGCGACAUGAAUGUGAUUACUUUGGUAUUACUCCAUUGAGUAGAAGGCUGGCACUUUGUGAUGAGAUGCAUCAUUCUUCGUGUGGAGAUGUACUUUUUUAUGGAUAUUUACCUCCGCCUUUGAAUGGGCCUCUUCCAAGUAGUAGUACUGGUAGGAGUGGUAACAGUGUAUCUAGAAAAAACUCUACAGCAUCAAGUACAGAUGUGGCAGCUAAUAGGACACAUUCAAGAAAUUCUUCUUUAGAUCUAAGGACUGUUGGCAGGAUACCUUCACAAGACCAGUUGAGCCGAUGUGGCAGAGGUCAUUCAAGAGCAGCUUCAUUAGGUAACACAGAUAGUCAUAAGGGAAUGCGACCACCUGAAAUAAAUACAUGGCAAGAAAAUAUGAAAGUACAGAUUAUAAAAGCACACCAUAAUUGGAUUGCAGUAGCAUAUACACACUUUGUUACUGGUUACAGAUUGACCGAUUCUUGUGGCUGGUAUGUGGUUUUCCAAUCACCAGUCCAAGAUUCAGUGAUAGAGCGAAUAGCACUAAAUGCAAAGACGGGUGGUGGAGCGACAUCCAGCGGGAAUAACUCUUCUGGAACUGAUGUGAUGCUGGGCAUAGCGAGUGGACCACUUGUGAGAUUGUGGGCUUUCUCUACACAUACUGAACCAGUACGACGGACGUUAAUAGGAACCUUCAAUCUGGGAGUGCGUGUGGAGCAUCUACUCUUCGUGGGUCCCCAAUUAGUGGCACUCAGUGGGGCGGGCAGUAGGAGCAAGGCAGGUGUAUGGCAUACGAGCACUCAACACUGGCAAACCCAAGAUGUGGCCCAUCUCACCACAUAUGAUACGGCUGGAUCAUUCUUAUUGUUGGGAACUGCUACUGGCGCUAUUAAUUAUAUAGAUAUGCAAAAGUUCCCAUUAAGAAUGAAAGACAACGAUCUUCUAGUAACACAACUGUAUAAGGAUCCAAACCAAGAGCCAAUCACAGCUAUAUCCGUAUACCUUACACCAAAAACAAAUCUGUGCGGCAACUGGAUAGAGAUAGCGUACGGCACGCGCUACGGCUCGGUGCGCGUCAUCGUGCAGCACCCGGAGACGGUCGGCCACGGACCGCAGCUCUUCCAGACCUUCACCGUGCACCAGAGCCCUGUUACUAAGGUAUCUCUGUCAGAAAACUAUCUAAUAUCAGUGUGCAGCGAGUACAACCACGUGCGGUCGUGGCGAGUGACUCGCUUCAGGGGCAUGAUCUCCACACAGCCCGGCACCACGCCCAAGGCCGCCUUCAAGGUGUUGGCCUUGGAGGCUCCCACUGCUCAGGCUCAUAACGACUGCGGUCCUUAUGGAGAACAGGAUGAGGAGCAAAUAUUUAUACAAAAAGUAGUACCUGACACCGACACGUUGUACGUGCGACUUGCUUCUAAUGGCAAAAGGGUGUGCACGAUCCGGUCGGUGGACGGGUCUGCGGUGUCGUGCUUCGUGGUGGCGGAGUGCGAGGGCGCGCUGCGGCCGCGCCGCCUACUGCUGUGCGGCCACCGCUCCGGCGCCGCGCAGAUGUGGGACCUCACCGCGCCCAUCGACCGGGCGGCGCGCGCGGCCGGUGAAGGCGAGGAGUCCCCCGUGGCGGACGGCGGGCCGUCCCCGGACGAGCUGGUGCGCCUGCUGUCGGCCUGCGACCUGGACGCCGCGCCCGCGCCGCCCGCGCUGGCCUCGCCCAGCCGCCCGCUGCCG